UGUCUCUGGGGCUGAGUUCUUAGGAGAAUUUGGCGGUGUUUUCCCACUAGGUUUCUUUUUUAAUUUGUUGUGUUUUCUUUUGACUAUCUAUCACCAUGUCUUCUUUUCCUUCUCAAUAUAUGCAAAUAAUUGACUCUGCUCAUUACUAUACAAUUACUUGCCAAUUGCAUGUCUGUUCAUGCACCAAGCGUGUUGACUUUUUUUAUUGAAGUAUUUAAGCUUAGAAAGGCAUUAUUAAGUAUUUGCAAGUCUGCAACAUUUUCUUAAAUCACAAACAAAACAAUGGCUGAUUCUCUUCUGCUCAACCUUGCACAGACCCUUCUUGAAAAGUUAGCUUCUCUUGCACUCCAACAAGUUUUCUUGGUUUGGGGACUUGAAACCCAUCUUCAACAAAUUAAGAAGCUUUUAAAGGCCAUCACAGCUGUUCUUUUGGACGCGGAGCAGCACCAAUCAUGGAACCACCGGAUACAAGUGUGGCUUGAGGACCUCAAAGAUGUCCUUUAUGACAUUGAAGAUGCCGUGGAUGGAUUCGAGUGUGAAGCUUUGAGAAGGCUAGUGGUGAAAGAUGCAGGGAGUAUUAGCAGAAAGGUACGCCGUUUCUUUUCAGGCUCUAAUCCACUUGCAUUCCGCUUUAAAAUGGCCCAUAAACUUAAGAACAUUAGGGAGCGAGUAGCUGAAAUUGUUAAACUUAAGUCUGAUUUUGGUUUGACUGAGGGGGUCAAUGAUAGGCAACCCAUUCGAACGGAAAGGAAAUUGACCUACUCUUUUGUGGAUGGUGCAACUGUCAUUGGGAGGGAUGAAGAUAAAGAUAGGAUUAUAGAUCACUUAUUGGACACUUUCAAUAAAGAAAAUGUCUCCAUUCUUCCAGUUGUAGGGAUAGGAGGUCUAGGAAAGACUACACUAGCUAAGCUUGUGUAUAGUGAUCAAAGGGUAAAUAGUCAUUUUGAGAUGAAGGUAUGGACAUGCAUCUCUGAUGACUUUGACUUGCAGGAAGUUCUUAGAAAAAUUAACAAGGCUGCCACAGGUAAUACAUGUAUAGGGUGGGAUAUAGAACAAUUGCAAGCAUUAUUGAGGGAGACUCUUAACAAUAAAAAGUACUUGCUUAUCUUAGAUGAUGUGUGGAAUGAGGACCGUCGAAAAUGGAAUGAAUUGAGAUCUUUGUUGAUGGGAGGUGCUAACGGAAGUCGGAUUCUAGUCACGACAAGAAAAAACAGUGUUGCCUCUGUCAUGGCUAAUGUUCCACCUUACAAUUUAAAUGAUCUUUCUCAUCGGAAUUGUGUCUCUUUGUUUCUCAAAAGUGCAUUUAAAGAUGCACAAGAUGUGGAACACUAUCCAAAUCUGGUAAAAAUAGGUGAAGAAAUUGUAAGAAAAUGUAGAGGAGUUCCUCUAGCAGUGUUAACAUUAGGAAAUUUGCUUUAUUCCAUCACCAGUGAGCAUGAGUGGAAAUCAAUAAGGGAUAGCGAGAUGUGGAAACUAGAGCAAAAGGAGGAUGAUAUAAUGCCUGCACUAACAAUAAGCUAUGAGCAGCUGCCAUCUUACUUGAAAAGAUGCUUCGCCUACUGUUCAUUUUUUCCAAAGGAUCACAUUUAUAGUGAUUAUAGACUAAUUCAUUUUUGGAUGGCACAUGGGCUUCUUCAGUCAAAGAAUGAGAAUGAAGAGUUAGAAGAUGUUGGCUUGCGUUAUUUCAAAGAGUUAUGUUCAAGAUCUUUUUUUCAAGAUUUUGAUCAAUGGAUUGAUUCAGUCCAUUGUAAAAUGCAUGAUCUAAUGCAUGAUCUUGCAUUGUCAUUGACACAAAAAGAGUGCUCAAUAGUAACAUCAACAACCCAACAAAUACCUGGAAAUGUUCGGCAUUUGCUAUUUUCUGACCUUUAUUCACUUCCUGAAAGUGUCCCUACAAUCUUACAAGGUUUAGACGGCGUUCGAACCAUUGCACUUCCUGUUGAUCGUGAAGGCUUUAACAGCCAAUCAUUCAUUGCGUUUUUGCCAAGAUUUAAAUUUCUGCGUUACUUGAAUUUGAGAAAUUCUCAAAUAGAGAUACUGCCGGAAGGUAUUGGUAAGUUGAAACAUUUGAGAUUUCUCAAUUUAUCUAUGUCUAAAAUAAGAAGACUGCCUAAUUCUGUUUGCACGUUACAGAGCUUACAAGCUCUUUGGCUUUUAGGCUGUACUGGAAUUGAAGAGUUACCCAGAGACAUGAGGUGUUUCAUCAGUCUUAGAUCUUUGUCAAUAACCACAAAGCAAAAGUAUUUACCAAAUAAUGGAAUAGGAUGCUUGAAAUCUCUUCGAUAUUUGGAUAUUUAUUUGUGUCAAAAUAUAGAAUAUUUGUUUGAAGAUAUGCACGGUCUCACCAGCCUUCGAAAACUGGAUAUGCGUGGUCUCACCAGUCUAAAAAGUUUGCCGCAGAGUAUAAAGUACCUGACUGCAUUAGAGUUUCUUUUUAUUGAUGGCUGUGAGAAUCUUGAUUUGGAAAUAGCAGAAGGGAGCAAUAACCAACAAGACUUCACUCAAUUGUGCCGCCUUGAAAAAUUGUUACUUGGACAUCUACCAAAAUUGGUGGAAUUUCCGCGGUGGCUUCUCAAUAGCUCCAUCAACACCCUUCAACUCUUAUCUCUUGCACACUGCCCUAACCUGAAAGAGUUGCCUGCUCGCCUCGCUUGUCUUCAAGAGUUAGAUAUAGUUGGUUGUGAACAUUGCAGGCCUAAAACACGUCAAGAUUGGUCCAACAUUGCUCAUGUCCCCAAAAUUUGUAUCAAUGGCAAGGAGUCGAGCUACAAUCCACUGGAAGAAACUGUCAGCUCUUGAAUCCCGAAAAGCUGUUGACUAUCCAGUAUGUUUUCUUUGUCCAACCAUCUUUUCAAGUUAGCUGUCUGGUGGUUAAUUCAGUUUCUAUUCAAGUAAUAACCAUAUCUAUAGUAAAGUCCUCUUUAUUAAAUUUUACUUUGUUGCAUAUUCAGGAUUCAAACUCGAGUAUAACUCCAUACAUAGCAAAUGUUUAUAUGAUUGU